CUUCCUUGUAGUUGAUUUGACCGAGGCCUCUGUGACUUCUGCUUUUUCUCCUACUCCUCCUCCUGUCACUCCUAUUGCUCCUACCACCGUUAGUACCACGACUAGCCCUCCUCCUCCGACUCCAACCGCCAGCAGCACCAGUACCACUGAGGCUCCCGUGCCAAUCGCCACCCGGCAUAGUGAUGGGAAUGUUCUGGUGGCCCCAGGGCGGGAGAUCUGGAAUCUGACGGUGGAGCCUAACAGUAACUACGUUAACGUCAGCUGGAGACACAACUUCCCGGCUGGCAACAGCGAGUUUGUACUAGAGUUCACACUGGACAGCGACAAGACAAUGAAAAUUGUACCAGUGAAACAACAGCCCCCGGUUACGGUACUGGAUCUGAUUGCAGGCGCCAAGUACCAUCUGCGGGUUUACUCUCACGUGCACCACAGCAUCAGCAGCAAACCUGUCACCUUCAAGACCAGCGCAGCUUACAGUAAGGACCAGGUGGACAUCGCCACCCAAGGCUGGUUCAUUGGGCUCAUGUGUGCCAUCGCCCUCAUCAUCCUCAUCCUCCUCAUCGUGUGCUUCAUCAAAAGGAGUCGUGGAGGCAAAUAUCCUGGUGCUGUUUUCAUCGCUUCAUUCACCAAAGGUCUUGUCCGUGAUAAAAAAGAUCUUCCCUUGGACCCGGUGGAUCAGAAAGACCAGGAUGGCUCCUUUGAUUACCAGUCCUGCUGAACUCUGUGUGUGUGUGUGUGUGUGUGUGUGUGUGUGUGUGUGUGUGUGUGUGUGUGUCCACGUGCACUAAAGCCCUGACCCUGUGUCUGACCCGUGUCCGUGUGACUGGUUGUGGUUCAGUCUUUUUGUUCUGCUUUGAUUUGGGAGAAGCUGAACUCUAACCUCACUCACGAUGAUGUCAUCAGCACCCUGGGAAUAAACGGAAUUCUAAUGCCCGCUCUUUUUCCUCAUUGAUUAAUGGCCCCACAGAUCCAUGCCCUUUUCAGAGCCACCUCAUGUUGUGUGUUUUGUGCUAAAGUGUUUAAUUCAGCUGGUAUUUUCUGGAAGUGAUGACGUCAUGCUGAACCUUUUUUUUUGUUUGCGUGUUAAUGACAUGCUUGUGUGUUUGCUGUGGUUAACUCGAGUUCCGUCUUGCUCGCCUUAAAUCCACUCAAAGUGUUUGUAUUUGUGUGUAUGCCUCACUUGCUGCUGUGCGUCCUCUGUCUUCCCGUCCACUUCCUGUUCAUGUCUCCUCCCUCUCUCUCACCCACGCUGAAAUGGCUCAUCUGUUCGUGACAGGAACCAAAACCAGAUCAGGUACUUUGGACUGGGCACAGUUUCUCUCUUGGCCUGUGCAUGU